UCCCGCCGGCCCCUCCCGCCGGCCCCUCCCAGGCGCAUGCGCAGUUGCGCUCUUCGGCGUGAGGCGAAAACGGCUCUCGGGGCUAGCUCCAAGAUAGCUAACGUUAUAGCUAGCUAGCUAAAAGAAAUAUGGCGUUCACAUUCGCGGCCUUUUGCUAUAUGCUCGCUCUGCUGCUCACGGCGGCUCUCAUCUUCUUCGCCAUCUGGCACAUCAUUGCGUUUGAUGAGCUGAAGACAGACUACAAGAAUCCUAUAGACCAGUGUAACACGCUAAACCCGCUGGUGCUGCCCGAGUACCUGAUCCACGUGUUCUUCUGCGUGAUGUUCCUCUGUGCUGCUGAGUGGCUCACCCUCGCUCUCAACAUGCCCCUGCUGGCCUAUCACGUCUACAGGUACACGACCCGCCCCGUGAUGAGCGGCCCCGGUCUCUACGACCCCACCACCAUCAUGAACGCUGAUAUCCUGGCGUACUGUCAGAAGGAGGGAUGGUGCAAACUCGCCUUCUACCUGCUGUCCUUCUUCUACUAUCUCUACGGGAUGAUCUACGUGUUGGUGAGCUCUUAAACUCCACAGUCUACACUUCAGCCUGGAUUUGGACUUUGGCCGUCUCUCCUCUCUCUCGCUCAAACGGACUCCCUGCUCACUAUUCCCUAAUCAGGGACGAUCUACAGGACGCAGUCGGCCAUCGGUACAGCAGCGCGUCAUCUCUCUCUCACACACACACACACACACACACACACACACACACACACACAGGAAGAGAGAGUACAGUGUGAACUUUAACACUAUUGACUCCCGGCUUUUCAUUUGCAGUGCUGUUUGAUUUAUUUUUUCUGAAAUAAAGUGUUUGUGGUUUUUUUCCUUUCA